AUGAGUGAAGAACACCCAGAGGCUCCUGUUAGUGAGGAAGGAACGGUUCCUGUCCUUAGAUGGGACUUAGGUCUGUUCGAACAGAUUGUUCGUAGUUUUAGAUUCCCACCGGAGUGGGAUGCCCGGUAUCCGGCUCAGGGCCAGACCGCGGCUGAUGCACCACCCGGUUAUAUCACCCUUUAUGAAGACUUUUUCCUUCAAGGGAAUUUCCGACUGCCGGCGACCAAUUUCCUGGGCAGUAUUCUUUCUUACUAUAACUUCCAUAUAUCCCAGAUGAGCCCACCCGGGAUGGUGAGGGUGCGGCACUUCGAAUUCCUGUGCCGGUCUCAUGGCAUUGAGCCAUCGGUAGAUAAGUUUCGUGCUUUCUACCAGUUGCAGAGAACGAUGGGGUUCUUCUCAUUUGCGAGCCGAGGUGCGGCGAAGAAGAUUCUGCUGAAUCCUCCUAAGAGUUUCCACGAUUGGAAACCCAAGUUCUUCUUCAUCAGGGAAGAAGUUUUGCCAAUCGCUAUGCCUUUUAGGGAAUGGACUGAGGUCAUACCCAAGGAAGAUCUCCCGAUCCCUAAGACUGCUCGGUGGUACCAGCAGCUAACCCCAACCCCUAACCGGGUGUUUGGGGAAAGUGUUUUGGUUGCUGCUAAGAUGAGUGACCAGUGGUCACCUAGCAGCAAGGAGGUUCCGGUCUUGAAGAUCGGUGAUCAAGAAGCGCAACUCUAUCAAGCUGCCUUCUCCACGUUUGGUGGCUCCAUGGGCGUUCGCCCAGUGCGCGAUGAUGAGGAAAGCUGGUAUGACCAGAUUAAAGGAAACUUCAUGUUUCCAGCUGCUGAUGCUUUCGCUUCGCCGCCAACCGCUACUGAAGGUACGCAAUACCCUAAACCUCGUCCAUUGCGCUCUGUGACUCUCGCUGGGAAAGAAACUUUCUAUCUUUCCAGCGAGGAGUCUGUAGGUUCUUCCAACGGCGAGCUAAGCUCUUGGUCUAAAAUCUUUGCAGGUUUAUCACAUGCAGCAAAGGGGAAAACUGGUGCUGGUGGGUCGAAGAGUUCUGGGAGCGCGGGUUCUCGCAACCCUGAAGCUGGCGCGACUCCGUCUUUCCCAAAGGAUGAAGAAGUAGAAGAGGAAGAUGCUGGUGCCCGGCUUAUUGGGCGGAAGAGGGGUAGGAGCGAAGCCACGACUGGUGUGGCUUCCGCCCCUACAUCUGCUGUGAUUCCCGUGGUUGGGAAAACGAGCAAGCUGCGCUCGUUAUACAGAUUUUCUCCUGGUAAGUUCUUCGCUUCUCUUCUUAAUACUUUUCUCUUUACUCAAAUGCUUUUGCUUUAUUUUUCAGAAAUCAAGAAGAAGACCCCUGAGAAGGGUGUCACGUUUAGUGAGGCCGGGGUAAAGAGGCCCAAGAUUACCGUCAAGUCCACUGACACUGCGGCUCAGGAUGCCGCGAAGGCUGCUGAGGCGCAGCGAAAGGUGGAGGAGGACCGGAAGAGAGAGGAGGAGAAGAAGAGAGUUGCGGAGGAGAAGAGAAAGAAAGAAGAAGAGAGGAAGAAGGUAGAAGAGGAGAGAAAGAAAAAGGAGGAGGAGGAGAGGAAGCAGAGGGCGGAGCAGGAGAGGUUGGCUGAAGUGGCGAGGAAGCAGGCCUUGGAGAAGGAGCUAUCGGCGAAAAAGGCUAUGGAUCAGCCUCUUAAACCUCCAGGUCCUGAGGUCACCAAACCAACCAACACCGGUCCUGUUACUACUUCCAAGGGUUCCAGCCGCUUCUCCUCAAGCGGCGCGAGCUCUGGUGGAGCUGGGGGUUAUAACCCCAAUGUGAUAGGUGCGAAGGACACCGUUGGGGAUAUUUACUACAAGACUUACACUGAAGAAGAGCGUGGGGACGCUCCUCAUCAAGCCCCCUGGAGUUUAAAACAGAAAGAUACUUUCGUCGAGUUCAGCCCUGCGCGCGAGUGGUUCCUGAACUCCUUUACACCUGCUGAAGUCCAUCGGCAAAGGGCGAAACCUCACGAAAUGUUGUAUCGUACUUAUAUUCUUGGUGAGGCCAACGCUCGUGCUGCCAACCAUCAAAUAGUUCGCGAAUGGCGAACGAUGGUUAGGGAGCGCGCCGACUGGGAGGCUUAUCGCGAGCGUAUGCUGAAACGUAUUGCUGAAUUCGAAAAGUCGAAAACCGCGUUUGGUGAGGAGAGAGCCAAGUUUGAGGCUGACAAGAAGGCUGAAGAGUGGGGCCGCGAGGGGCUGCAGAAAAAACUCCACAAUGUUGAGGAGCAACUGGCCAAGGAGAAGGCCGAGUUUAAGCGUAUAUGCGCCCAAGACAACGAUCGUGCUUAUGCGCUACGACAGAAGAUCGUUGAUCUUGAGGCUAAAGUUGCGGACUUGACCUCAAAGGUGGAGGAAGCGCAGGGUGAAAGAGCUGCCAAGCAGCAGAUGGAGGUUGAGCUGACUGAAGCCAAGGUGCAAUUGUCCAACAAGGACAAGGAUCUCCACGCCAAGGACGUUGAGAUUGCGGAACUCAAACGUCGCUUGAAUGAGCAAAUCGACAGAUGCGAGUCUUUGGAGAUUGACCUUGAGGCUGAGAAGGUCAAGGCUGCUGAUGCUGAGGAGGCGCGUGCUGUCAGCACUGCUGCGCUUAAUGUGGCCCAGACAAACUACUCCGAGACCCAAGGCAUCGUUGAUACGCUUGUCUCGGAGGCUGAAUGGAUGCGCACUCGAGGAGUAGUGCUGGUAAGUGCCUUUGACUUAUGCUUUUUCUUGUUGAGAGUUUUAUCUUUAAUGCUUUUUGUUUGUUGUGAAGGUUGCCAACUCCAUCUUGAAUGCGAGCGAGCUAGACCGCGCCGUAGCGGCUCUGACAGAUGCGGCGCGUGCGGUGGGUCAUCGGGGAGGCUACCUGGAGUGUGCCGAUCACGUUGAGCAGAUGCUUGGGCAGGAAUUUGACAUAAGUCAUUGCUCAGUGACGGAACAUGCUGAUGCUGCAUUGGCUAGUGCUGAAAACUCCUAUGACAACCUUUCCUUGCCUAUCAUGGAGUUGGUUGUUGAAUCGUUGAAGAAAGACGACUGGUGCCAGCGUCUUAAGGCAGUCCUCGAUCCACCGGUUACCGUCGAGUUGUCCGACGAAGAGCCAGCUGGUGAUGAUGGCGGCGAUGGUGAUGAUGAUGGCAACGAUGAUGAUGGUGAGGAUGACGGAGAUGAUGGUGAUGAUCG